UAAAGGCUUAAAAGAGAAAGGAAACCUGUCAGUUUACCCGGUCCAAAUCGGAAGUGGAUUAUUUUCGGUCGACACCGGCCACCAUUUUUCUGACUUUAUUUUGACAAUUUCAACCAAAUCCUUCUGAAUGAACAUCUGUUUAUUGUUGUGGCAAGUCAUCUUUCUAGUGAACAUCUAUUCAGUGAAAACAGCAUGUUUACGUGAUCGAGCCCGGAUAGUUCGCGAAAUACUUCGCAAGAGAAUCUUCAAAUCUUUCAAAGACACCAAAGUUGACAUGCCAUAUUCCUGCCCAUUCACAGAAGAGCGAGAUGUCUACAUUAUACAAGAACGGCAGAAAUAUAUGAAGUCUUUAACCAAAUGGCAUUGCUCCUUCUGUGGCAAAGAAUUCUAUGGAGAAAACUAUCUCGACAAACACUUUGAUAACAGACACCCACAAUAUGUCCGAACGGGGAAUGACUCGGUGUGUCUGGCAGACUAUUGUGAUGUCUUCCGUUGUGAAAUCCUUUCUGGUGCUCUGGAACCAAAUUAUUGGGACAUGGCAUUGUGUCUUGAAGAUGACAUGUUUGAGCUUCAACAGAAAUGUAUGGAAGUAAUCAAAGAAUGCAUCCCCUCCACAGCAUCUACAAAUUCAUCAAGACAUAUUCAAGAUGUGUUUUCCAAUGAAGUUUGCUCAUUCUUAGAUUGCCGCCGUUACUGGGAAGCACCAUUUCCUCAAGGGGCCUCCAUUGGAACAGCAGCGUACAUUAUAAUGUCCGUGAUUCUGGUGUUUUUCCUGAGUCUCUACUACUGCAUAGCUUACCAUUAUUUUUACACUGACUCCUUUAUCGACUACCAACCAAUGGAAUUUUCUAAAGGUGAACACGUUUACAACAACCCAACAACUUCCAAUGUAAACAUUCGCUACCGGCCGGCAACAAGGACUUUACAACAUCCUCUUGUAUGAAGAAUACAAACUUAACAGACACACACACACACACACACACAUUUUUUAAA